AUGGCACCAGGCCUCGGCUCGGCCCUCGAUGCCCAGGAGCUCGCUGGCGACCAGCGCGAGCUUCUCGACUUGAUUGACAAGCUCCAAUUUGCCCAGCUCGACAAUGUCAAGCUGCCCCAAAUCGUUGUCGUCGGCGACCAGUCGGCCGGCAAGAGCUCCGUCCUCGAGGCCAUCACAGGCACCCCUUUUCCUCGAGAUGCCGGCGCCUGCACACGCUUCGCCACCGAAAUCCGCAUGCGCAGGGCUCCGGAAAACUCCAUCGCCGUCUCCAUCAUCCCGGACAAGAACCGCAACUUCAAGGAGCAGGAGCGGCUGAGGCAGUUCGGUGGAAUGGUCGACAUCAACAUGUCCUUUGACAGCCUCAUGAGGGCCGCCGUCGAGCUCAUCGCCCCCAAGAACAUCCCCGGCCGCUUUGCCGCCCGCGACAUCUUGGUUGUCGAGAAGCGCGGCCCCGAUAUGCCCCUGUUGACCCUUGUCGAUCUCCCCGGCCUCGUCCGCAACGCCAACAACGACCAGUCCAACGACGACAUCAAGACUAUCGAGGCUCUCUCGGAGCGCUACAUGAAGAGCUCCCGGACCAUCAUCCUCGCCGUGGUGGGCGGGAAUAGCGACUACGUGCAAGCCCCAAUCCUGACGAAGACGCGCGUAUUCGACCCCAAGGGGUCAAGGACCAUCGGCGUCCUGACCAAGCCCGACCUCACAGAAACCAUCGGACUCGAGGACAAGUUCAUCGAGCUGGUUAAUAACAAGGACAAGAGGAACGAGUUCCGCCUCGGCUGGUAUGUCUUGCUGAACCCAGGGCCACGCGACCAGGGCCAGCCGUGGCCCGAUGCGAACGAGCGCCGACAGAUUGAGGAGGACUUCUUCACCCACGGAAAAUGGAGCUCGGUGCCCGAAUCCAUGCGUGGAGCUCGCGCCUUGAUGCAAAAACUCAGCGUGCAGCUUCAACGCCACAUCGGCAAGCACGUCAAGGUGCUCCGCAAACAGAUCCAGAAGGCCCUGGACGAUUGCGAGGCCGAGCUGAAAUCCCUAGGCACCGGAAAAGACACACCCCAAGAGAUGCGAACAGAGCUAGUCGAGCUCUUCUCGGCUUCCAAGGAGCUCGUCAUUCCCGCUGUGUACGGUCUCUACAAAAAUCCGCCCAAGAAGGCCUUCUUCCGCGUGACUGCGGACCCACGAGGAACACCCGCGCAGAACUUGCGCGCCCGUGCGACUGAAGAGAACGACCGAUUCGCCGCCAAGGUCAGAGCACAUGGCCGCAAGUUCAAUUUCUCUGCGCCGGAUCCGCGGUCUCCUAACCAGGACCCCGCUGUUGGCGCCAAGCGAGACUUUGUCCGACAGGAGGUCGAGCCGCUGCUGCGACAGAUCCGCGGUUCCGAAUUCCCCAUGGACCCCAAGCCGAGAGCCGUCUACAUGCUUUUCCAGAGCUAUGGCGAGUAUUGGCCCAAGUUUGCCCAGGAGCACAAGGACAACCUCGGCGUAGUCUGCAACGAGUUCCUUGCCGAGGUCAUCGCUUACGCGUGGCCCAAACGCAUGCGACACCCUCUUCGUCAGCAUUUCCUGGACCCCCAGAUGAAGGCCUUGAUGGCCAAAGCACAGCAGGAACUGGACCUCCUUGCGCAGGAUAUGAACCUGGAGGUGCAGCCCUACGACCCCGAGUACGAGGAGCGCCUGAGAAACUGGCAGGCCCUGUCCUCCCAAGAUGAGGCGAGGUUCUCGGAAGCCGAGGAGGUGCUGGAGAAGAUGCUUAUCUACUAUGAGCUGUCAGCCAAGAGCUUCAUCCGCAACACCAUCACGCAGGUCGUGGAGCGCCAUCUUCUCCAGGGGAUGUACGGAAUCUUCAACUCGGUCGAAGUCCUCGGCAUGACCGACGAGGUCAUCGAAGCAAUCGCGGCAGAAAACAAGGAGACGAGGGGCCGGCGGCAGACGCUCAAGCUACAGAAGAAGGCUAUUGAGGAGGCCAAGGACAUAUGCGCCAGCUUAGCCAUGCGGAAGGAGUUGAGAGUGCAGCCGGAAGAUGAUCAAGACGAUAUUGGCGACAGCUCCGAAGAGGAUACUGCCAAAGUCUCCGAGAGGCAGAGACAAGCCUCCAGCCCAUCCGCGAGGCAGCCGCGGCGCCCGGCACGCCAGCCUAUUGAAGAAGCGCAAGCCCCGCAAGUUGCUGCGCCCCGCGUUGUGGAGGCCAGCAGAGACGAUAGAGACGGCAGAAAUGGACACAGAUAUGUGCCAACUGCCGCCCCCACUGGCGAUCCGAACGGACACGCGCCCCCCAGGCUCGACCAGUCCGCUAUUUUGCAACACGGGGCUGAUGGCCGCUACUCGAGGCCCCCAAUGGAUGCACCCCCUCCCCCGCCACGACCAGACAAGAUUCAGACAGAGGAGAGGAAUAGCCACACGCAAGCUCAGGCAUAUGCACAGUCGCCGGCACGCGCAUCACCAAUAGGAAACCAGGAAUCGUCUCCGGAGCGAUAUUACCCUAAUGGAUACGUGAAUAACACCCCAUAUACGCCUACCAACUCACGGCCGUAUGGUCCGGGACAAAUUCUGGACCCGGCCGAGUAUGCACGCCGACAGUCCUCGGCGAGGAAGGCUGCUGGCCGGGCUUGA